UUUUCUUUUAAAUCGCCAAAGUCCAACACCGGCGUUGCCACCCGCAGCUCUCGGCUUCCCAAACGGCCAAACGUGGACCGUCAUGGGCGCAAAGGCCGAGCACGUGGCCGUCUGCCCCGCGGCGGCCACCGUUGUCCUCGUGCCGUUCCCGGCGCAGGGCCACAUCUCCCCCAUGCUCCGCCUGGCGCGCGCCCUCGCCGAGCGAGGCGUCGCGGCCAUCGUCGCCGUGCCCGACUUCGUCUACCGCCGACUCGUCAGCGCCUGCGGGCAGGUGCGCACCCGCGUGGAGGUGGAGCUCGCAUCCAUGCACAGCGGAGUCCCAGACGACGGCGUGGGCGAGCCCCCCGGCUUCGCCGGCUUCGCGCGCGCCAUGGAGCACCACAUGCCCACCAGCCUGGAGGCGAUGCUGACGGCUCAGCGCGGCCGCGGCGUGGCGUGCCUCGUCGCCGACGUCCUGGCGUCGUGGGCGAUCCCUGUUGCGACCCGGUGUGGCGUGUCGGCCGUGGGCUUCUGGCCGGCGAUGCUGGCAACUUACCGCGUCGUGGCGGCCAUCCCGGAGCUCGUCGACAAGGGGUUGAUCUCAGAUUACGGCAUUCCCAUAUCGACCAAAAGGUUAGACAUUGGUGAAGAAGGCAAAGUAAACGGAGACCACCGCACCAGCGACAGCCUCCACGUAUUGCCUGCGCAACUAGGCCUGAGCACCGCGGAGUUGCCGUGGCUCGUGGGCGACGCGGCGUCCCAGAAAACAAGGUUCACCUUCUGGCUUCAGACCAUGGAGCGUGCGAAGAGUUUCCGCUCUAUCCUCGUCAACACCUUCCCCGUCGAAGCCACCGCCGCCGACGCCGGCACUGUGUCACAGCAACGGGUUCUUCAGGUCCUCCAAGUCGGACCACUACUGUCACUGCCACCCAAAGGCUUCGACGACGACGGUUGCAUUACCAAAGGCGACGAUCUGUCGCAUGACAGUACAUCCAAGAACCCAAGCAUGUGGCAGGCGGAUGAGACCUGCGUGGAGUGGCUAGACGCGCAGCGUGCGGGGUCGGUGGUGUACGUCUCGUUCGGCAGCUGGGUCUCGUCGAUCGGGCGGGACGCCAUCAACGAGCUCGCGCUCGGCCUGGCGGCCACCGGCCGGCCGUUCCUGUGGGCGCUUAAGGACGAGCCGUCGUGGCGAGAAGGUCUCCCCAGCCAGUACGCGGAGGCGGUCGCCGGCCGUGGCAAGAUCGUCGCUUGGUCACCGCAGGAAGACGUCCUCCGGCACAAGGCCGUCGGCUGCUACCUCACGCACUGCGGCUGGAACUCCACGCUGGAGGCCAUACAGAACGGGGUGCGUCUGCUGUGCUACCCAGUGUCCGGUGACCAGUUCAUCAACUGCGCUUACAUCGUCAAGGUGUGGGAGACGGGGAUCAGGCUUCCUAGCACCAACAGAAACGUCGUGGAGGAUUGCAUCGAGAGGAUUAUGGAAGGAGAAGAGGGAAGGCGUAUGCAGGUGAAUGUGGAUGAGAUGAGAGAAAGAGUCGUGAUGGGUGAGGCCAGAUGUGCAGCAAACAGAAACCUCGACUCUUUUGUUGACGAAAUCAUGAAAAACGAAAAUUUAUUAGCGCGACGACCCUGUCCAUUAACAUGAGCUCAUGCAUGAGCUAGAAGCUUGUAAGAUAUAUGUAUAUACGGUACAAGUUCGUGGACAGAUUUAGUACCAAGGACUAUUCAGAAUUGUUUAUGUUUGAGUGCCCUUUCUCUAUUUGUUUUCUAACACAGUAAUAAUCUACGUACUUUGUGAUCUC